AUGGUCGAGCGUCUUGAGUCAGAUUAUGCUACUGUCGGAUUGAUAUGUAGCUUGCCUGCUGCAUUGAUGUAUCUCGGAUGUCCUGUUGUAGCACUCUUCUUGCCGAAGAUUAACCAUCGUGUUGUCGCUAUGUUAGGCGGAGUGUUGUGUGGAUCAGGUAUUAUUGCAUGCGCUUUCAUCAAAAACAGAGUAACUGUUGGAUUCUGUCUCGCAUUAUCAGGUGUUGGCUUGUCAAUGUCCUUCAUGCCAACCAUCCUUGCACUGAAUGAUUUCUUUGGAGAACAAUUCGUUUUGAUGAACACAAUCGCGUCAUAUGGCUACACCGCCGGGUCAAUGCUGCUCCCUGUUGUAAUGGAAUGGUCCUUCGAAGCGUAUGGCUAUGCAGGGGCGUUUCUUAUCCUUGGAGGUAUCGCUCUUAACCUUGUCGCGUGCGGUGCAACGAUACGCAAGACACUAUUAAACGCCGCUACAAAUAAAGACAACAUUCAUGAUAAAGUGAAAGAGAAACAAAAGUGUCUUCCUAAAGGAGAGUCCGCAAAACAAACAGAAGGUAACCGUUAUCGUGAGGAGGAGGAAGAUGAGGAAAAAGAGGAGCAGGAGGAACAAGAAGAGGAUAUUGAAGAGUGCGUCUCGGAGGAAAGGCGUUUGAUUCAAACCGAGAGACGUAAUGUAAUUAAGCAGGAGACAUCACGGAAUGUGCGCUCAUCUUCGACAAGCGCCGUUUUUCAAACCAGCAAACGGUUCUGUGGAUUAUUAAACGAACCACUUUAUCUCUUCACCAUCCCGAUUCAUUUCUUGAUAAUUUUCUCCAUUUAUUCGUGGAUGCUGUUUCUGGUCCCCCAUGCUGAACAUCUGGGAAUCCCUUCUUCCAAAGCAAUCUUCCUAUCUACAAUUGGCGGCACAGGUGGCAUCAUCGGUCGGACCAUCUUCAUCAUCCUAGUCGGUAAAGGCAUCAAUGUCUAUGUCGUCUACAUCGUUAUAGGCCUCAUCGGCACGGCAUCAUUUCUACUGGACUUUAUCAGUGCUGCUUACGCGGUGCGUGUUACCUUGGCUUUUGUCCAAGGUUUCUCCUUCUUCAUCGAGGAUGCUAUCAUGUCCAGCUUAUACAAAGAUGCAGUCUUUGAUGAUCGGAAUUUCAACAUGGCCGUGGCUCUCAGUGUUUUCGCGGGAGGACUAGGGGCGAUAUGUGCCGGAACAUUUACAGGUUAUCUGUUUGAUGUCACCAAGUCGUUCACAAGGGUGUUCAUCAUCAUCGGCUUCAUUCACGCCGUUAUGGUCGUUCAUCUCUUCAUCGUAGCGAUCCUCAUCAAGAAACGACGACAAGAUACCAUCUGUGAUGUUGACGACUGA